GAAGGGGACGCGAUGUCGGAGACCGCGCCUGUUGCCGCUCCCGCGGUUUCUGCUCCCGGCGCCAAGGCCGCCGCCAAGAAGCCGAAGAAGGCGGCGAGCGGCUCCAAAGCCCGCAAGCCCGCGGGGCCCAGCGUCACCGAGCUGAUCACCAAGGCCGUGUCCGCCUCCAAGGAGCGCAAGGGGCUCUCGCUCGCCGCGCUCAAGAAGGCGCUGGCCGCCGGCGGCUACGAUGUGGAGAAGAACAACAGCCGCAUCAAGCUGGGGCUCAAGAGCCUCGUCAGCAAGGGCACCCUGGUGCAGACCAAGGGCACCGGCGCCUCUGGCUCUUUCAAGCUGAACAAGAAGCCGGGUGAGGCAAAAGAGAAGGCAACGAAGAAGAAGCCAGCUGCUAAGCCCAAGAAGCCGGCGGCCAAGAAGCCCGCCAGCGCCGCCAAGAAGCCCAAGAAGGCGGCGGCGGUGAAGAAGAGCCCCAAGAAAGCGAAGAAGCCGGCGGCCGCAGCGGCCAAGAAAGCAGCGAAGAGCCCCAAGAAAGCCGCAAAGGCAGGCCGCCCCAAAAAGGCAGCGAAGAGCCCGGCUAAGGCAAAAGCGGUGAAGCCCAAAGCAGCCAAGCCCAAGGCAGCCAAACCCAAAGCGGCCAAGGCAAAGAAGGCAGCGCCCAAGAAGAAGUAAGAUGACUGAGAGGAUUUGAGAGUCUACUCAUUUAAAUAAACCCAAAGGCUC